UCCAUACACAGCUACACAAUUUCUUCCUCCAUAUUCAACCCGUAUUAAUAUUUCCGAUUCCAGAUCUCACCUACAUUUUCUCUACCAUUUUUAUCAAUCUUCCAUAACUACUCGCCACGUUUCUCUCAACUAUUUUUCUCUCAUUCAUUCCUCCAUUAAAAUUAUCAUCAAAAUAAUUAACCAUCCUAACCAUUUUCAUCUCAAUUUUUUUUUGAUUUUUUCCCAUUUACCAUUCUGGGGGACUUACCGUUGACCGGUGUUUGAUCCAACGAUUACUUGUAAUCGCCGGUAUACACCGGUUGACUUCCCCCACUCAAUCGUAACCGUUAGAUUUUCCAAAUGGACGUUGAUAAAGGAAUGAGUACCGUUCUUUCUGGCCGUGCGAUCUACCUCCAUGGUGAUCUUGACCUCCAUGUUGUAGAAGCAAGAUGUCUUCCCAAUAUGGAUCUCUUUUCCGAAAAUUUUCGACGUGUUUUUUCGUCAUGUAACGUUCCGUUUUCGAAAAGUUCAAAGAAAGUAUCCGUCGAAGGGAAAAAUCAGGAUCCGAAUCUUAAACAUAAUAAGCAUAAAAGGAUCAUAACGAGUGAUCCUUACGUGACGGUGAACCUGGGUGGUGCAACGGUGGCGCGUACUCGUGUGAUCCAGAAUUCGCAAAGUCCGAAAUGGGACGAACAUUUUUGGAUUCCGUUAGCUCAUUCGGUUGCCGAUAUUGAGUUUAAGGUUAAAGAUAACGACGUACUUGGAGCCGAGAUGAUCGGCACCGCCACGAUUCCUGCAUUGUCGAUUGCCUUAGGGGAGGAGAUUGAUGCUUGGUUUCCUAUUCUUAGGGAUAAUGGAAAACCUCCCAAACGAAAUACUGCCGUGCACCUACGUCUCAGAUUCAUUCCGUGCGACAAGAAUCGGAACAAUGUAGGCGGGGCACAUGAGGUGACGCGGAGCUACUUUCCGGAGCGACCAGGGGGAAGGGUAACAUUAUACCAAGAUGCUCAUGUAGCUGAUAAUGAACUACCUAAAAUUGAGCUAGAAUCAGGGGUGGAGUAUCAGCAUGGAAAGUGCUGGGAAGACAUAUGCCAUGCUAUACUGGAGGCUCAUCAUUUGGUGUACAUUGUAGGUUGGUCAGUAUAUCAUAAGGUAAAGUUGGUAAGAGAACCUUCCGCUGGAAGACCACCUUUGCCUAGUGGGGAGUUGAGUUUAGGAGAACUUUUGAAGUAUAAGUCACAAGAAGGUGUUAGGGUGUUGUUGCUUGUUUGGGAUGAUAAAACUUCUCAUAGUAAAUUCUUCAUCAACACGCAAGGUGUGAUGCAAACUCACGACGAACAAACAAGGAAGUUUUUUAAGCAUUCUUCAGUCAUUUGCACUUUGUCACCCCGUUAUGCCAGCAGUAAGCUUAGCAUUAUCAAGCAACAGGUUGUCGGUACCCUGUACACACACCAUCAGAAGUGCGUUAUUCUGGAUACUCAAGCACCGGGGAAUAACAGGAAAAUAACCGCAUUCUUGGGAGGUUUAGACCUUUGUGAUGGUCGUUAUGAUACUCCAGGGCAUCGUCUAUUUCGAGACCUUGAUACUAUCUACCAAAAUGAUUACCAUAAUCCCACAUUGGAUGGAAGAAAGGGGCCUAGAGAACCAUGGCAUGAUCUUCAUUGCAAGAUUGAAGGACCGGCAGCUUAUGAUGUGCUUACAAACUUUGAGCAGCGCUGGAGGAAAGCCACAAAAUCAUCUAUCAGACGGAAAAUCAAGAAACUAUCUCAUUGGCAUGAUGACGCCUUGCUGAAAAUUGAUCGUAUAUCUUGGAUCCUUAGUCCUUCGAAAUGUGCUUCUCCUAAUGACAGACAACUAUGGGCUUGUGAAGAGAAUGAUCCCGAGGGUUGGCAAGUUCAGGUUUUCCGGUCUAUUGAUUCAGGGUCAGUGGAAGGAUUCCCAAAGGAUGUACAGGUUGCUGAGUCUCAGAACCUAGUUUGUGCAAAGAAUUUGGUGAUAGACAGGAGCAUCCAAACAGCAUACAUUGAAGCAAUCAGAGCUGCUCAACAUUUCAUAUACAUAGAAAACCAGUAUUUCCUUGGAUCAUCAUAUGCAUGGCCAUCUUACAAAAAUGCAGGUGCUGAUCAUUUAAUACCAAUGGAAAUCGCACUAAAGAUUGCUAGCAAAAUUAGAGCCAAAGAGAGAUUCUCAGUUUAUGUUAUUAUCCCUAUGUGGCCUGAGGGUGUUCCUUCCUCGGCUUCUGUGCAGGAAAUUCUUUUCUGGCAGGGACAAACAAUGCAAAUGAUGUACAACAUAAUUUCAAAGGAGAUCAAAGUAAUGAACCUAGAUGCACACCCACGAGAUUACUUAAACUUCUAUUGCCUUGCGAAUCGUGAACCACCCCUAGACUUAGCAGAUUCGGGUCCUCUGUCAUCCAAAAAUAGUGAUGCGGUUUUACCUUCUCAAAAGUUCAGAAGAUUUAUGAUAUAUGUCCAUGCGAAGGGUAUGAUAGUUGAUGAUGAAUAUGUCAUAUUGGGUUCAGCCAAUAUCAACCAACGCUCAAUGGCUGGUUCAAGAGACACGGAGAUAGCCAUGGGCGCUUAUCAACCUCAUUACACUUGGGCUAACAAGAAGGAGCACCCCCUCGGCCAGAUAUACGGGUAUAGAAUGUCAUUGUGGGCAGAACACCUAGGAGGGCUAGACGAUCUCUUUAAGGAAGCCGAAAAUUUGGAAUGUGUAAGGGCAGUAAACAAUAUAGCUGAAGAAAAUUGGAAGAAAUUCGUAGCAGAGGAGUAUUCGCCAAUGCAAGGACAUCUCCUCAGAUACCCUGUCCAUGUAGACAGGAAUGGGAAGGUUCAUUCCCUAAGAGGGCAUGAACACUUCCCAGACGUAGGUGGUAAGGUGCUCGGAGCUGCUAACUCUCUUCCAGAUGCUCUCACUACUUGAAAUCUUUUUGUAGGCUGUCCUAUAAUAUGCUCAAUCCGCUUAGAUACCCUUCUUGUGCAUAUAACACACGUUCCUACGAUGAUCCAUUCCUCAGACUCUUUAUUUUACCUCAAGUAUUGAUUUCAGAUCAUUAAAUCUCAUAUAUGAGUAGGAUUUAACACUUGGACAUUUAUCCCUGUCCAAUAUAGAUAUACGAACCCCGAUAACAUAAAAGUACAUAGAAACCUUUAGUAAUUAACACACAUUUUAAAAUAGGAAUGGGAAAUGGGUUAAUUUUUUUGUAUGAUUUUUUUUUUUUAUAAAUUUGGAUAUGGUUUCAAGGUGAUGGUUGUGAAGAUGAGAAGAUUAUUACCAUUUUUAUACUUUUUGUAUACUGUAUAGAAGAGAGUUAAUGUAAAUGAAUACAUUGACUUCAUUUCUAAGUUCUGUGCCAAGUUUUGGUAAUAUAAUACACAAUUUUGAUAGCAUGUUUUUACAUGA